UGCAUACUUCAUUUGAUAGAGAACUUCAAGGGCUAUCCAAAUCACUAUUCAGAUUUGAUCUAGCCACUCGACUUCAUCGAAAAAUUUCAAAAAUACAGUGGCUCUAUAAUUUUUUCCAGUACUGUAUUUCGCAAUGAAUUCUAAAACAGUCAAGAAAAGUAGUUCAGAUUUAUUUGACAGAAAAAUACACUUUUUCUCCUCUCACGUUACGUAAGUCAUGUACGAAAAUUAUCUUCCAGUUUUAUAGUGAACUGAAUUUAGUUUUCUAACUUUAGCAGAAUGGAUCUCCACUUUAGAAUGUUGUUUUACAUUUUCUCUUCUUAUGUUUAGGUAUACUCAUUUUCGAAUAAAUUACCAUUGGGUUCAUGUUCAGUGAUCGUUGAUGAUUCUGAUCUCAUUCAAAUAAAAAGCAUCUCAUUUAAUGUUGUGACAGGAAUUGAUCUACAAAUAAGUUUAAUUGAACAAGUACCAACUUAUAAAUAUCGAAUACAAGCAAAAGCGAUACUCAAUCGACUUAUUGAUGAUAAUGAUAAAGUAAGAUAG